AUGGGUCGUUUCGACGACGCACUGCAACUGUACCGUCACGCUGUUAAAUUCGGUGCUGACAGACAGACAAACAGGCUGAUGGCCGAAGCCUUUUUCAACGCCUAUGAGCCCGAAGAUGCUUGUAGGGUUUUGGACAUAACGGAUGCUACGGUUGAUGAUAUGGUCACGGUGAUUGUGCUUCGCGAGAACUUGGCUACUAAAGAUGUUGAUGAUUACUUCGAAGAGUGGAGGCUCGAAUACAAGGGCAAAACAUUUGAUCGGAUUGCUACGAUGUUCGUGGACUACUGGUUCAAACAUGGCAACGAAGAGAAAGCUAUGAAGUGUUAUAGCUUCAUCCCACAGGGGAAAUGUCUGCGUGCGACCACUGGGAACACUCUUUUGACAAUUUUGCUAUCCAAUGGUAAGAAAACAGAGGCUCGGGAGCUGUUCAACAAGAUGAUCAAAACCAACUGUUUCGAUUCAGAGACGGUUAAUGUAAUGGUGGACGAGUGUUUCAAGAUGGGCGAGUUUAAGGAGGCGAUGGGCGUGUUCAACAAGUCACGAGAGGGAAAGGGAAUGGCUAAGUGUUACAGUAACACGGUCGCUCGACUUUGCGAGCAUGGGAUGGUGUCGGAGGCAGAGGGCUUGUUUGAGGAAAUGAGCUCUUACAAAGACUUGUCCCCUGAUGUGCCCACAUUCAGGUCGAUGAUCAAUGGAUACGUUCGUGCUGGGAGAGUCGAUGAUGCCCUCAAAACCUCGAAAACACUGGCGCUUUUGAACCUGCGCAAGGUUUCCAUCUAUCAGGAUUAG